UCUCUAUCUCCUUGUCGUUGCCGGAUUUGCAAGCUGCCACCGACGAAAUAUGCCUCCGCCGGAAAAGGUGAAUUAACACCUUCUACGCCUCCCGCAUCGCCAGAAGCAACAAGUUCCAACUCCAGAUGGCGACAUUGUAAUAACCACUAACAAAAUAAAAAGCAGCUCGAUUAUAAGCAACAUCAAGGUCUCACCAUGAAAUCGUAUCAGAAAUAAUUACAGCUUAUCCCACCAUGGUUUCUGGUUAUAUCAGCCAGGCUGACCUCAUUUAUUCAUCACGCGUUGUAGAUUGAUUGGAGAAUCCAGUGCAUGUCAGGCACAAAAUUAGCGCCCUAGUCUCCCAAUCCCAGCUUGCCCAGUACAAACAGUAUUUACCGCACCACUGGACGCCUCCAAGGGGUACCUGCAGCCGCAUUUAGUACCUGAGUUGCUAAAGGUAGGUAACAGCAUACUUGCACCGUCCAGGUCAGGGACCUCGACGCUAGGAAAUUGGAACGGAUCCAGGCGCAGAGUGUCCACAAGUUCGGGAAAGUGAACCAAACCCGCUGAAUCAUCGUUGGUCUGCAUGUUUGCCAAGUUUACCAGCUCCACUGGGCAACCAAGUGGAACGAGCACAAUCCUAGAGACAGGGGGCCCGGCCAACAACACUACCCUACCACGGCUUUCCGUCCCUUGGCUGGGGUAUGGUAGGGCAAACGCAACGUCAGGGCUCUUUUAGAAUAAAGAUGGCUGUUCACGCCCCCAACCAUGGCGAUCUUUUCGGUAUGUUGGAUUUUCUUCUUUCUCUACCUACUCACUGCACGGCCUCGACUGCCACCAUUCACUCCUUUGUGUGUGUUUUUUUUUUCGCCAACAACUAGAACGACAAACCUUUAUCGCGCAGAGCGCUGGAAUCACUCCUUUAUCCAAGCUCGAAGCUUCGUUUACCAGGAGAAGGACAGAAGAAAAGAACGCAAGAAUCUAGACGCUCAUUUCCCUCUAUCCGACUAUCUCAUCCUUCGUUUCUUCUGGGUCGUUUUUGUUUUUCUCUCCCUUGUGGACGGCAAAAAAACAAAUAAACCAACUACUCUCCCUCAUAACAACUGUCCCUGAGACACAGUCGAGAGCCCGCCUCCCCCAAGAGAGUCGCUUUCCAAGAUGCAGUUCAGCACCAAGACCAUCUUCGCCGUGGCCCUGCUGGCCACGCAGGCCAUCGCCAGGCCUGCCGACGGCCACCGCGUCCGCAGGCACGCCAAGGGCCGCUUUGUCAAGUGCACGCGUCCCACUCCCACCCCGGAGCCCGUCACUGCCGUCGAGCCUGUGUCGACCUCUUCGCCGCCGCCUCCUCCGCCGCCGACCUCAACUGUCGAGGCCGUCGUGGUUACUCCCACUCCCACCCCGACCCCGACCCCGACACCAACCCCGACUCCGGAGCCGCAGCCCGAGCCUUCGGUCGAGGUCAAGGUCGUCACAGUCCAGCAGGAGCCGGCCCCAACGCCCGCAGUGCAGAUUCUGCAGCAGCACGUUCCAUCGGCCAAGCCUGCCACAACGACCCAGCAGGCCCAGCAGCAGGCCGACGACUACUCCAGCAGCAGCAGCGAUCUCAGCUCGGAUAUCCAGGCCGGUCUGAACAGCCACAACGCUGCCCGCUCCGCCCUCGGCCUACCCCCGCUCAAGUACAACCAGGCUCUGGCCACCGAGGCCGCCGGCUACGCCCAGCAGCUCGUUGGAAUUGGCUCGCUGCAGCACGCCCAGAACCGUAACGGCCACGGCGAGAACCUGUACUGGCAGUCCAACAGCGUCACCCCUUGCACCAACGCCGCCAACGCCUGGGCCAACGAGAAGGACCUGUAUGGCGGACAGCCCGUCGGCCAGGGUAACUUUGGCGCGUACGGUCACUACACUCAAAUGAUCUGGAAGACCACCACUGAGGUCGGCUUCGGCACGGCCAGCGAUAACAAUGGCGGCGUCUAUGUUGUCGCCCGUUACAACCCCGCUGGCAACAUGGUUGGCCAGACGCCCACUUCGGCCUAAGCAAAGCUAGCACCUGCUAGCUUGGCCACCCAUAACAACGUGCAUUCUGGCCCAUUUGGUGGCUGAUGCUUCUUUUGUUUUGUUCGUUUCUUCUUCACACUUCUUUCAAACAGACGGCAUCG